CAUUAUUGCGCUGUGACGCAAGUAUUCUCUAUCAUAUGUUCGUCGUUUUCUCAUUUCAUAAUAAUAUUUCCAAAGUAAUGAAGUAAAUUGUUAUAAAAAUAUUUUUCUCCUUUAACUAUUUCUAAUUUAUUUCCACUACCGUCGAUAUGGCUGAAUUAUUGCUUGAUCCGAAUAUUCGUGGUUGGGUUUUCUUACCAAUUGUUGUUAUAACCUUUCUAGUCGGAAUUAUAAGACAUUAUGUAUCAAUUUUACUUUCCUCUCAGAAGAAAGUUGAACUUCACCAAGUGCAAGAUAGUCAAGUGAUGAUACGCUCGAGGUUGCUAAGAGAAAACGGACAAUACAUUCCAAAAACUGCAUUUCUCUCGAGAAGACACUUUUUCAAUAAUGAAGAAACUGGAUAUUUUAAAACGCAGAGACGAGCGCCCGUUUCACAAAAUCCUGUAACCGAUCCUGCCAUGAUGACUGACAUGUUAAAAGGAAACGUUACAAAUGUUUUGCCUAUGGUACUUAUCGGUGGAUGGAUAAAUUGGAUGUUCUCUGGAUUUGUUACUACUAAAGUACCAUUUCCCUUAACACUUCGUUUUAAACCAAUGUUACAACGAGGCAUAGAACUUGUAACUCUUGAUGCUGCAUGGGUAUCGUCAGCUUCGUGGUACUUUCUUAAUGUAUUUGGUUUAAGAUCAAUUUAUACUUUAGUUUUGGGUGAGAAUAAUGCCGCCGAUACAUCCAGACAUCUUCAAGAUCAGGUUUCUGGUGCAGCGAUGUCGAUGCCACCUAAUCCUAAAGCAGCUUUUAAGUCAGAAUGGGAAGCUUUGGAAAUUUGCGAACAUAACUGGGCAUUGAAUGGAGUGGACGAUGAUUUACUAGGUUUGAGAAAUACGUCUGAUAGUAUUGAAAAUAUGUAUUACCAAAGUAAAUCAGGCUUGUGAAUCUUUUCA